AAUCAAUUAAGUCUGUGAGAAAUAUAUUUGAAAGGGUUAAGAGAAUGGCCAUAGGUGCAGAGCAUAUGAUAUAAGAAUAGCACUAGAAAUAGAAUAUGAAACUAUACAUUAACAACAUGGAAAGUAAUUAGAAAUGAACAAUUAAGUAGUGAGCCUCUUUAUAAGCAUUUCAAAUGUUGGAAAUACACAGAGAAAUGUGCUUUAUUCAAUCUUUGAAAAAAAUAAUGAGAACAAAGCAUUUAGCCAGCUUCAAAUAAGUAUAAGAUGCCAUUGAUGAUGACCGACCACAACUGCAAAUCUAGUGACGAUCUUUCAGCACUUGGUGUACUGAAUGAUUGAUUAUAAACGUGAAACAAGGAAGAAACUCACCUGAAUCUCUGAGUCAUUUUUCCCACCUCCUCACAACAAACCGCUAAACCAAUCAGAUUCAAGGUCAUUCUCAUCCCGGAGAAACCGGAACUAUGGCGAGCAAGGAAGUGAAACGGUGGAUCCCACUAUGGAAACGUCUAGUGAAGGCCCCGAUAUAUCAGUUAGGUGACCCACAAUGGCGUGUGUUUCUACCAAUGUUCUGGAUGAAGAUGAAGAAACCUUCAUGUAAUGUGCCAAAUGACAAUGUAGAAUUUGAAGUUCAUCCACAGAUGAGUCGCAGGGAUGUAAAGAACUAUUUAGAGAAGAUAUAUGGUGUGAAUGUGCUGAAUGUACGCACAGUCCUGGUGCAAGCUAAGAAGAGAACCAACCCUGCUAAACCAGGUGUCAAGUGGCAGCCAGAGCCAGAGAAGAAAAUAGCACAUGUUACUCUAGCUGACGAAACUUUUGACUGGCCCGAUUUGUGGGAAAAUAAAAAGACAGGGAUGGAUCAGAUGGUCGAAAAUUAUGCAAAGGAGACUAAAGAGGGUGAUAAAUUAUUUCAAAAGACUUGGGAAAAACAGGAUCUUCCACCCUGGUUCCGGUAGCAUAUAGAUAAUUUAGGAAAUUUAGAAAUCUGGAAGUUUAAGAGAUGAGGUGUACUCCAACAAAAGACGGAAUCAACCAGAAAGAUCUGAUGUAGCAUUGGAAAAUUCGCAAAAUGGAUUUGUUUAAUGCCUAUGAUAUAAAGCAACUAUAAUUAUAAUAUCUUUAACAGGGCCAUGAUCAAUAGGGAUUUAAUACAAAAAGGAGUU